GGAACCACAACAGUGGCGAGCGUGACCUGCGGAGAGACGCAGCGAACUCCCCAGAGGAGCCUCACUGAGCUGGGGAGACAUGGGGGGCUCUCAGAGUGUGGAGCUCCCUGGUGGAGGCACAGAAGGGUACCACGUCCUCAGAGUACAUGAGAACUCCCCUGGAAGAAAAGCAGGACUUGAGCCAUUCUUUGAUUUCAUCAUCUCUGUUUGUGACACUAGACUGAAUAAAGACGAUGACACUCUGAAGGAGCUGCUGAGUGCCCAUGUGGAGAGGCCAGUGCAGAUGUUGGUGUACAACUGUAAGACCCUGAGUGUUAGAGAGACCACUGUUAUUCCCAGCACAGUGUGGGGUGGCCAGGGCCUGCUUGGUCUCACCAUCCGCUUUGGCAGCUUUGAUGGUAUCAAUGAGAGCACGUGGCACGUCCUGGAGGUCUAUCCAAAUUCACCUGCAGCAGUAGCUGGUCUGAAGUCCGACUCGGACUACAUCAUUGGAGCAGACACAUCUGUGAUUACGAGUGAGGACCUGUUCUCUCUCAUCCAGAGAGGGGAGGGCAAACAGCUGAAGCUCUACGUAUACAACACUGACACAGACGACUGUCGGGAGGUGGACAUCACGCCUGACUAUGAGUGGGGCGGCGAGGGCAGCCUAGGUUGUCACAUUGGGUAUGGUUACUUGCACAGAAUACCUUCACUUCUUAACAGUGUUUCAUCAGAAACUCCAGGUGAACCUCUGCAUAUACACAAAAAUGGCUUCAUAGAGAUUCCACUUUCAGGAGUCACGUCCACUGUCCCUGUCUCUGCAGUGGACCUGUCCCUUACCAGUGUUUGUAUCUGUGCUGAGCCACCAGCAUCUUUGAAUGGUCCCUCACAGACAGGUCUUUCUCCUCCUGACCAGUGCCCUAGUAUGACACCUGGGGUCACGCCUAACUUCAGUCAUGUAGGUUCAGUAAAUAUCAACAGAUAGGUCUGUGGACUUUUAACAUCAGACAUGCAGCACUGAAAUCCUCUGCUUUGCUGAUCACAACUGCUAACAGUGUUACAGAGCAACGUUUGUAGCAGUUUCAGACGUUUUUGUAUAAGACUUAGUGUAAAUUAAGCAGUAAUAUUUAAUAUCUUUAUAGUAUACUAGUGAUGGGCCAAACCUCAGAAAGUGACGCUUGUGUCGCUGUGUCACUUUAAGAAAAGUCACGUGACUGUGUCAUUUGGUGUCGCUCGUGCAGAGCGAGGCGCGCGGUGCUCAAGUUUGUCCUGUGUCUCUGCUCAUCACCAAUGGAAAGAAAAAAAAGGAAGCCUGGCCUAUACUUCUGUGUGGGCUCAUUUUUAUCAUCCCCAAGACGAGCUCUUUGCAGAUCUGCUGAAUGUUACUGUUAUUUUCACAACCAUACACCUCGUCAUUGUAUCAUUUAGAGCCUUCUUGAUUGUGCAGUGGGCUGUUAUUUACUUUGAUGACAUAAGAUUGCAUUACGUUCUUGGGCAGUGCUUUUAUUUUUUGGUUAUAAGAGCGCAUCUAGCACAAGUUAGUGUUCACGUGUCUUUAUGGACGAACCCUCCUUUGUAGUUAUUGUAUUUAAAUCACCAGAUGGCUCUAUAGAAUGCACCAACAGCGUGUCAACAGUGGUGGAAAUGAGGUACAACUUGAGGCAUCAUCUACCUAUCACUAUAGUCUACUAUGCAACUUGUGACAAUAUGUAAGGUUUUUUUUUUUCUUCAACAAUACAAAUAAAAUUUGUUGUUG